AUGUCAGAAAAGCUGGCUGGUUAUCCAGAAAAGUUAUUGUGUCCAUGCAAAGUUUGUCGAAACUUAUGUCACCAAUGUAUUAACAUUUUGUAUGAACACUUAGUCAUUUAUGAGAUUGAUCCAACAUACAAAAUCUGGUUUCAUCACGGGGAAGAAUUAUCAAGAGAUGAUGAUGUAGAGACAAUGGAAACCUUUGAUUCUUACAACUUGUUUAGGGCUACAAAUAUUGAUGGUUGUGAUUUUGAAAGUCAUCUAGAAGAGUGGCUAAACCAUAGUGUGAAGUUUUCAUAUCGAGGUCAUUGGAAAUUUCUUAAAGAAGACCAUCCAUUUCGGAGUAAAAGAAGUUGGUUUGAUGGAGAAGUUGAGCAUGGAAAUCCGCCAAGAAUCAUGAAUGGGACUACAAUUGCUGAACACCUUAAAGAUUUUGUGAAUGAAUUGUAUGUUCAUCACAAUAUGGAUGUGAUGCACAUAGAGAAAAAUGUUUGUGAAAGCAUUUGUAAUACAUUGCUAGAUGUUGCUGGAAAAAGUAAAGAUGGACUAAAAGCUCGCUUGGAUUUGCAACAUAUGGGUAUUAGGAGUGCAUUACACCCACAAGAGAAGGGGACUAGAACCUAUCUUCCUACAGUUUUACACACACUAUCAAAGCUUGAGAAAGAAUUAUUUUGUAAAAGGUUGUUCUCAUUGAAAGUACCUGAUGGAUAUAGCUCAAAUAUUCGAAAUUUUGUUUCAAUGGAACAAUGCAAGCUCAUGGGCCUUAAGUCACAUGAUUGCCACAUUUUGAUGAAACAAUUACUACCGGUGGCUAUAAAAGGAUUGAUGCCAUUGGGUCCAAGAGAUGCUAUAAUAAGAUUAUGCAUAUUCUUUAAUCAAAUAUGUCAACGUGUUCUUGAUAGAGAAAGCAUAAUGGCAUUAGAAAAUGAUGUUAUUGAAACUUUAUGCUUACUAGAGAGAUUCUUUCCACCAUCAUUUUUUGAUGUCAUGAUUCACUUAGUGGUUCAUAUCGGACGAGAAGCACGAUUAUGUGGAUCAGUCCAAUUUCGAUGGAUGUAUCCAUUUGAGAGACACAUGAAGAUAUUGAAAGAUUAUGUCAGAAAUCGAGCAAGGCCUGAAGGUUGUAUUGCAGAGUGUUAUCUUGCAGAUGAGUGUGUGAACUUUUGUAAUGAAUUCACUGACCAUUCAAUUGAACUAAACACAAAAGAAGGUCGAAAUGAAGAGUGGUCAAAUGAUGUGAUACUUGAAGGUCGUCCAAUUUAUAGGAGGAAAGAAAUUAUAUUGACAGAUGAGUUGUUAGAAAUUGCACAUCGAUACAUUCUGUUAAAUACAUCUGUUGUGGAGCCUUUUCUAAAAAAACAUGCUGCUUCUUACACUGGAUAUAUUAUCAAUGGUCAAAGAUUCCAUGUACAUGACAUUGAGAAGUCCACACAGAAUAGUGGUGUCUCAAUUGAAGUUACAACUAUGUGUAGAUCUAGUGCCAAAGAUGUAUCUCAAGUUCCUAAUUUAGUUUCAUACUAUGGGGUUAUAAGGGAGAUAAUCUUGUUAGAUUACUAUAUAGUUCAGAUUCCAAUUUUCAAAUGUGAACUGGAAAAUGUCCCUAAUGGUGUUAGGGUGGAGGAUAGUCUUACUUUAGUAAAUCUACACCAAAGUCAAUGGUCUGUUGGUAGAUACCCUUUUAUUUUAGCCUCACAAGCUAAACAGGUCUUCUACUCAAGAGAACAUGAUUCUUCCAAUUAG